UCGAAGACCCGCAGUGCAAGUAAAAGUGGCAAAUGAAGUGGAAAGUGCCCUCAGAAUGGGAACAAUGAUGAUGCGGAUGAGAAAUCGGGGCGGUGAGCGGUGGCAGACGAACUACUUUGACACACAAAUGCCACUGCUGUCGUCUGGCCUAAUGAGUCCCGGCCUGCUGCCAAUAUUGAAUGAACAGUCGGUGCAGCUGGGGCAGCCUGGGCAGCCUGGGCAGCAGGAGCAGUCAAAGAGGCAUUACUUGGCCCACGGGCCCAGUUCGGUUGAACAGCAAUUACUCCGCCUGCAGCCGGACUACAAAUUGCUGUACAGCGCCGAGCACCACACCUAUUUCCAUCUACACACCCAGAUCCCGCAGGACAAUGCCAGCCGCCAGACAGUAGCAUCGAAACAUAGGACAUCGGAGAAGGCAUCGCCAAAUCGCAGGCUUUUCCAGCAAAUUGUGGGCAACACGCUGACCGCCGCCUUUGGCCUGAAUGUGAUGAACAAGGGCCAGGACCAGGAGCAGAGCCAGCAGUUCACCAGCGAACCGGUGCAGCUCUACGAUGCCGCCUCGUUGCGUCGGUCUCGCUUCAGUCCCUUCAAUCCCACCAGAAUCCUCAUUCACGGCUGGCUGGGCAACGAGAAUGCCAAUAUGUACAACGAACUGUUGCCAGCUUAUUUUGGGCUCAGGAAUGGCAACUACAACAUCUUCACCGUGGACUGGGGACGUGGUGCCAUAGCGGACUAUAUAACGGCCAGCUAUAGGGUCAAGCCGGUGGGUCAGAUUGUGGCCAAGUUCGUGGACUUUCUGCAUGAGGAGGCGGGUAUGCGUUUCGAGGAUCUCCAGCUCAUCGGAUUCAGCAUGGGCGCACAUGUGGCGGGACUGGCUGGAAAGCAUGUGCAGACCGGUCGCCUACGGAUGAUCCGAGCUUUGGAUCCGGCACUGCCCUUCUUCCGGUAUGCCAAGCCAAAGGAGCGACUGACCCGCGAGGAUGCCGACUAUGUGGAGGUGCUGCACACCAGUGUGGGCAGCUAUGGAUUUGAUCGACCUGUGGGUCAUGUGGAUUUCUAUGCCAACUGGGGCAGCCAGCAGCCAGGUUGCUUUUGGCAUGAAUGCAGCCAUUGGAGGGCAUUUAUGCUGUUUGCCGAGAGUCUCGCUGGGGAUCAGGAGACGGGCUUCUUAGCCCAGGGCUGUCCAGCUGCUGAAUGGCAGCAGUUGACCCGAUUCCAUCGCUGCCCAAAGGACACCGGAGUGCUGCAGACCAUGGGCGGGGAUUUGGCCAAUGUGACGGCGGAGUUCUUGGCCCAAAGACAGGGUGUCUAUUAUUUCCAAACAAACGAGCAGCCACCCUAUGUUUUAGCACAAAAUGCCAGCACACACAUGGAAAAAAUAAAUAGCGAAAUGGCUGAGAGAACGUAA